CCCAACUCCACCAAAUUUGGUUAUAAAUACCAGUCUUAAACUGACAGCAGAUACACCUGCAGAACCAGAGAGACGUGUCAGGGAGAACUGGAAUCCUAGAAUGAAUUGUGGUGCUACUGUCAUAAUCCUGCUGCUGUUCGGACAUUGUGCAGCUUUCACUCAGGUAAAUGAAGAUGAGGUUAAACGCUGUAGGUGUCAUGGAUAUCGAAAGGACAAGAUACCCGGGAUUUACAUAACACAAAUUGAUAUCUUUCCCAGGAGUAGAAGAUGCAGAAGAACAGAAAUCAUAGCACAGCUUAUUCCAAAAUACAACAGCUAUCUAAUCUGUUUGGAGAGGACGGCUCCUUGGCUAAAGAUAUUAAUCGAAAAUUUAUUAGCAAAUACAAAGUAAAGUAAAUAAGGACUUCAUUUGCUGAAAUGGUAUUAUACAUUGUGAAAUAUUCUUUUUGCUACAACUUCAGUGUAAAAUGAUUUUAAUUCUGGAAACAUGAUUGUACUCCAAUAUAAGUGUUUCAUUUCAUUAAUAGCUUUCUAAAAGUAAUUAUAAAUAUGUAAUGGGGACACAAGGAACUGCACAUGCUGGUAUCUUGAGCAAACACAAAGUGCUGGAGUAACUCAUGACGUUGGGUUAGGAAAGUCAGGGGUGCCACCCAAAUCAUUGGCUAUCCAUUUCCUCCACAGAUGCUGCCUGACCUGCUGAGUUACUCCAGCACUGUGUGUUUUAAUCAAGGUUCCAGCAUCUGCAGUUCCUUGUGUUUCAAUAUUGUUUAUCUGACAGUUUAUGGCAAUAGAAAAAUAUACUUAUUUCAACAUACGGCCAAUGAGAGAGAAUUUCUAUCCAAUCUAAAAAGAA